AUGCCUCGACGUCCCCCUCGAGCUCCCCGCACCCGAGGCGCUCACAAUUUGGGCCCCUUUGAGAAGCCAGGAGAGCCCUAUCGCAUGAGCCAUAGACUAAAGUGGCAGAAAUACGGCGUCGGGUAUUUUGAGGAUCUCUGGGGCUCUUACUGGGAACGUUUCAACACCAUACAGAUCCCUAUCUUUGGGGAGACGGAUUACUUCAACUAUGCUCUAGAGAUUGCCAAGCUUGCCGACGGCAGCGAGGAAGAGUUCAAGCGAAUUUACGCCCAGAGAAAUAAAGAGCGGAUGGGGUAUUUCUUGGAGCUGCUGGAUAAGGCUUUUGAUCGAGGAUUAUGGCAUGACGAGGACUUUCCAUGUGAAGAUGCCGCAGACAAAGUAAUAGCCGUGUGUAGGACUGGUUCCCUCGAGGAUUUUGCGCAGCUACUAAAGGGCAUCGCUUUUGGCUGGGAAGCGGAUACGAUACAUGAUACCGAGGGAGGCACCCAGUCCGAUGACUCCUAUUCUGGCUCCGACUACGGUUACUGGACCCGAUGUCGAGAAGAGAGCGAAGAGUGGAAGGAUCCCAAGUUCCGAGAAGAGAUGGCAGCUUGCGUGACGCCUCUAGGCGUGUGGUUUUUCCAGCAACCUACAGGGGCUACAUCGAAAGAGGAUACCAAACCCGCAGAAUCAAUGUCGCGCGAAACUGCCGAUGGAGAUCCAUCAGUCCAGAAGGCACGGCCACUUAUACCAGGCGGCGCCUGUGCGGCGGCGGCGGAGGAGGGAGAAGAGGAGGAGGAGGAGGAGGAUGAAAAGAAACAAGACGACAAAGACAGUAAACGAGCCAGGCCCGAUGACGACGGUGACCAGAGCUACACCAAUCAUGACCACAGGCCAAAGACAGCUCUGAAUCCGUCGGGAACAAGAGUGGAUGCCGGAAAAGGCAAAGGAGAAGACUCCCUCACCACCUGGACAACACGCAACGCCGCCUACCUCCGGCGUGACGAACACAAGGUCAAGAGGGCGAAAUGGGGCAUCUACUCUAUGGGAGCUGGAUAG